CUGUAAUAUUCGGCUUGAAUCGCUUACUCCUCGUGUUGCCAAUGCGCACUGGUGGAAUUUCGGUUGCGCCUUCACCGAAUCCGGAGGGAAACUAAAUUAACGACCUUUCUAAUUGAAGAAAAUGGCACAGCCUUCAGUGGCCCAGUAUUUCAACAACAGAAAACGUGCGGCUGUCGAUGAUUACAAGUCAGAGUACCCCCAGAAAGUGUUACGCCUGGACCAAGAUGCAACGACUCACUCACCAAAAACUGGGGCUUCAAACGAAUCCAAAAUCGUAGUGAAACCACCAGAAGCAAGUAAAGUUGUUAAAUGCACCAAUCUUGAACAACAAAAUGUAUCAAGAAAGGUUAUUAAAGUACCAAAGAAGAAACUCAAAGCUGGGUCAAACCAAGACAUUCAGAGUCUUCUGAAUAAUAUGCGGAAAAUUGAGAGAUGUGUGACUCCGCCAAAUCCGAGCGAGAAAGACGCUAAUAAGGAAUUGGACCAUAUUAAGAAGAAAAUAUGCCAGAGCUCGAAGUUCAAGGAACUCAAAGCUUCCAUUAGUAGGUUUAAACAGUCAGCAGAACAGCUGAAAGUAGCGGAAAAGAAAACUGCAGAUGUGGCCAAAUCGCCACAGUUGAAGACCUUCAAGUCAAUAGAGUUUGAAGUCGUAGUUAGUCCUCAGAAAGUCCAGUCCCCUGAGAAGCCAUACCUGAGCCCCAAGAAGGAGCCCACCGUCCGUCGCAACCUCCUGAGUGCCUUGAGCCCCAAAAAGACUCUUUUCAAUGCAACUGACACCACGUCCAAAGACACCGAAUCUCUAACACCUCAAGGCUUGCAAUUACCAUUCAAGUACAAAACUCUGACCGAACUCUUCCGCUCAAUUGACACCGUCUCCCAAAUCUUAUUCAAUCGCAAGGAAGUGAUAACAUUCCGAAAACUCAAACCAGCUGUUGAAGAAAUGGUCAAACGAAACCUCCUUGAAAAACAUCUCGCCCAAAUCAAGUCGGUUUAUCCAACCGCCUACAACUUCCGGCAAGAAAAACUCAAAGUUUUCGGAACUCGAGAAGAACGCUGGGAGUUGGUUUUAACCCCAAACCUAACCAACUCCGAAGACAUGACUUCGCAAGUGCUCAUUGACCGGAGAAGAGUUUUCACUGAGACUUUGAUUGACAAAGUCAAGGAUUAUCACAACGAAUUUCUCUUAACCCUGACGCCACCAAUGAUAAUCUCGAAGGACAAAAUCACCCGCUGGCACCCCGAGUUCGACUUGGAGAAAGUCCCGGAAAUCGAGCUCGGAGCCCUGCCGGAGCCCCCCUUCGAGGAGAAGUUCACCACCGGGAAGCAAGUCCUGGAAAAGGCGCGCCAGAUGUUCAACUGCAACACCCGCAUGGAGCAGGCGUUGCUGAAGCUGAAGGAGGCGCAGCAGAAGGCCCCCACAGCCAGUGAGGGGCCCCCAACACAGGUAACCUCGGUUCUCAAAGGUAUCCCCAAAGCGUUGCUCGAGAAAGUGCGCCAAAAGCAGGCCGCCAAAGCGCUGGUUUCCAUGACCAGGACUGUAGACAAGGAGAAAGAGGUGCAACUUUACGCCAGAUUGCCCGAAAUCGCCCGCUUGACUCGUAAUUUGUUCGUUACCGAGAAAAAAACCGUUUUAGAGUUAGACUUUGUUAUCGAUAAGUUGGGUAAUAGUUACCGGACUUUUCUGAAUAAAGCGGAAAUGGAAAACCAUUUGAAAGCAAUCUCAAAUGCUGUACCUGGCUGGUUGGUAUUUCAUAAAUUAAGGAGUUCUGUUUUUUUAAAACUGGCCAAAAAUGCGGACUUGAGUCAGGUUUUAAGUAAGUUGGAAAAGAUCUCCAAGGAAAAAAAUGAAUCGUAACUGAUGACUUGUGGAGUAGGUUUAGCAUGAAGUUCAAAAUUAAUUAUUUUUAGUGUCCUCGUAUUGUUUCCGUUUCAGUUUCUUUUAUGUGCUGAAUGUGAUUUAGUUGCGGUGUCAUUUUUUACUGAAUAAAUGAUAUUUUUAAGAAAAUAUUGAUAAUAAAUGUAUCUUUUAA